GUCACACGAGCCUGUAGCUGGUACUCUCCAUUACAUAGUUUAAAUAUGGCAUGCUGUUUCUUUCGGACCAGACCGUUGGACGGCAAACUCUUGGCUUGGUAGCGGAAGCAAAAACUGUGCAAGGUCUUGGGUGAACCAAUAAGGGCCCAGAUAAGAGACUCUCUUUCAUACCACGACGUGGUUUAUACUCUUUCGCAUACUUCGCUUCAUAACUCAUUUCAUUACUUGACAUCGGUGGCUGUAUACUCAGGUGAUGUAUCCGGAAGAGGACGUCAAGCGGCUCCAGGACCUAGGCAUACCGGAAAUGACCGCCCGGCUUGCACUCGAGAAGAAAGAAGGAGAUACAAACAAGUUUGCAGAAAUUGCACUUUCAGAUCAGGCUGACAAGGAGGUGAGCGAUCAUACACUGCAAAACCCUCUCUUUCUUUCCCCCGGCAUUCGCACAAACCUCGUAUGGCGGACCGCUCUCAGAAGACAGACUCCAAUCUCAAAGCGCGACGACUGGGCUGGAAAUACACAGGCAAACGAGAUCGAGAAAGCAGAGACAGCGUUGGUUCUACAGGCAGUCUUCCCGUGCCUCAGGAAGGCCGCGAGCUGUCCACCCAGCUCUGGUCUACCUUCACGCUCUAGCUCUACUACUUCCAUCAACUCCUCUGGCCCGCCUACGAGACCAACCACUCCAUCCCAACGCGGGUCUAGUCAAUCUGUGCUAACAAGGGACGUACUUGACCAACAGGCUUCCCGGAUUAUCCUCAAUGCACUCGAACGUACUACGUCUGGGCAACCGAGCGGAAAAGGCGAAGGCUCGCGCGGUAGUUCUGGGGGCUCGAGCUCAGGAUCGUUUUCUCGCCGAUCCUUGACAUCGAUGAUGGGCGGCUUCUCCCUAAGAUCCAGUAACGAGGACAAAGAACGAGGGCGGUCGGCGAGAAAGGAAAAAGAGAAAUCCCGCGCGAGAUCUUCGUCGUAUGGCGGUGUGAAUGAUGACGAUGGCAGUGAUGCCGGUAGCAUGCGUACGCGCAGUCAAUCGCCCUUCCACUUCCGCAGAAGCCGCCGAGAUUCUUCUCCCACCGUUGAGGCUUUGACCCAAUCGGACGUUGAAUCAGAUGUCGAACCCUCCCGUAUUCGUCCUCGUAACGCAUUCACUUUGUCCGCUCAAUCUGAUGAUGACUCCGACUCUGAGGAAGAAGAUGAUUCGGGCGAGGAGUCAUGGAGCGACAACGACGAGCUGGAUCCCGUCACCUCUAGAAACACUGAACGCAACGCUCUCAUCCCCGCCGACGUCGUUGAAGUCGAUACGAGUGACUUACCUGACCCUCUUGGUGAAGGUGUCAAUGUCGUCAUUGCACCCGAACCCUACUUCCCAACUACUCUGAAUGCACCCGGCAAUCGAAACCCUCGCAGGCGAAAGUCGACACGUCCGCACGACACCCUGCACCUUGAGACCUCUCGUCCCCACUUCCAACGUGACCGGUGCACGAUCACUUUGACGCACGGCGAUCCCGCAAAGGUUUUAGAAGAAACAGGUCGACGUCCCAAACGCUACGUCCUUGCGAGCGAUCUGAGUAAUGAGAGUCGAUAUGCAUUGGAAUGGGGGAUUGGAACGGUGUUGAGGGAUGGCGACGAAAUGCUCAUUGUGACGGUCGUCGAAAAUGAAGCGAAAGUCGACCCUCUUAUACCCAAUCCCACUGAUCGGGCCGCAAAGUUGCGUAGCCAACAAGAGCGUCAAGCCAUGGCAUACAUUCUCGUACGACAAGCAACAAGUCUCUUGCAACGUACUCGACUACAUGUUACUAUUGCUUGUCAAGCAUGGCAUGCUAAGAACGCCCGCCAUAUGCUUCUAGAUGUCGUUGACUAUUUCGAGCCGACCAUGUUGAUCGUUGGUUCGCGAGGUUUGGGUAACCUCAAAGGUAUUCUACUGGGCUCCACGUCCCACUACCUCAUCCAGAAAUGCUCCGUUCCUGUCAUGGUCGCCCGACGUAGGCUUAAGCGUCCUCCCCGGCGCUCUGCACAUCUGGCUACUCAUCGUGCAAGGGUAUCGCUCGCGCAGGCUGGUAUCGACAGGGUGGCCGCCAAGGUCGAUCAGGAUGUGGCCAAUCUCCGUGAGCAAGUCGAGAGAGAAGAUCGUAGAGAACAAGGCGCCGUCGACGGGGACGAUGACCCCGAAACUGAAGUUGAAGGAGAUGCCGGGCCUUCUCUCGGUCGCAAGGUUCCAGGCGAGGAUUAAGGGCUGUCUUAUUCAAGUUGUUGAUGGGCUGUGGUGGUAUCCGUUGGAUUUACAUAUUGAAGGCCCGUGUGCCGAAACUCCCUCUAAUUGUGAUGUAAAAUAUCUCGGGGUAUGAUUAGAUGCAGUAUUAAUGGUAGCAAGAGGAGAUCCU